AUGACUGAUGAGCAACUAAGUAAAAUAAGUCCAAAAGAUAAUUCAUAUAAAGGAUUUCCACCACUUUAUAUAACAGCUGGUACGGAUGAAAUAUCAAUUGAUGCAAUUCAUGAUAUGACUAAGAAAAUGAAAUUAUCAGGUGUCGAAGUUACAUUAGAUGAAGGUGAAGGAUUGAUGCAUACAUAUGCUUUAUUUCAUAUGUGGUCACCACAAGGUAGAUGUGUCCAAGAGAAAAUUCAUCAAUGGAUUCGAGAACAAUUGUUAAUUGGAAUGCAAUCAAAAUCCAUUGUAAAUAGGGUUACAAUAAAUCCAACAUGUAUUUUGGAUUCAUAA